UUCAAAAGAGGAUGCUCUGCCACAAAGAGCGGCUCGCGCGCUGGCCUGGGCUCUAGCCGAGGAGAGAUCCCGGGAGAACUCCAGAGCUCGGGGGGAGCGCUCCUCGGAGGACCGGGGUCAACAUGCCUGUUCGCAGGGGGCAUGUGGCACCACAAAACACAUUUUUGGGGACCAUCAUACGGAAAUUUGAAGGGCAAAAUAAAAAAUUUAUCAUUGCAAAUGCCAGAGUGCAAAACUGUGCCAUCAUCUACUGCAACGAUGGGUUCUGCGAGAUGACUGGUUUCUCCAGGCCAGAUGUCAUGCAAAAGCCGUGCACCUGUGACUUUCUCCAUGGGCCUGAGACCAAGAGACAUGAUAUUGCCCAAAUUGCCCAGGCAUUGCUGGGGUCAGAGGAGAGGAAAGUGGAGGUCACCUACUAUCACAAAAAUGCACUGUACCUCUAUGCAGCUCUGGUCCUAAAACUUAGAAGCCGUGUUGUCCGCCAGCUUCAGAGAUAA